AGAGGAGCUGGGUGGGGAGGGUGCAGGGAAGGGCUGCAGACACAUGGUUAUAGGGAGGUAUACAGACCAUAGAGCCACUGAUGUGUCAUUAAUAUUUCAUCCAUUUUACUGGGUGGGGGUGUCCCCUACAGCUGGAACCCACCCAGAAUCCGCUUGGGUGGGGUGUAGGAGAGCACUGCUAUCGCGAAAAUCCUGCAACGCUUUGCUGAUUGGGUUCCUGUUAAAGCUGGCAUAAUUGUUGGUAUCUUUCCAGAAACAAAUGAUAGGGGAUGUCAAGCUCACGACCCAUCACCCCAAGGGGCUUUGGCCCUAACUAGGGACCCCCUGUCCGUAUCUUCUCAUUUGCCAAUACUUCAACUUCAGGAAACCUGUCUGGCUGAGACUUCUCCCCGGGCACUGGCAUUGUGAGGUGAAACAAUGGUGGGCUCUUUACAUCUUUGUAUAGUUGCGGCUCUUCUGGGGUUAACCCUUGGCUGCCCUGAACCCUGCAGCUGUGUUGACAAGUAUAACCAGCAGUUUGCUGACUGUACGUACAAAAAGCUUCAGAAGAUCCCAAGUGGGUUUCCUUCUAAUGUUACAACUCUCAGCCUGUCUGCCAACAAGAUUACAUCUCUUAAGAAGUCAGACUUUAUAGGAGUGCCCCAAGUAACAUCCCUGUGGCUGGCUCACAAUGAGAUAAGUGAAAUAGAGGAAGGAGCCCUGGCAACAAUGGUGAAUCUGAAAAACUUAGAUGUCAGUCAUAACCUGCUGGUGGAGUUCCCUUGGAGAGAUUUGGCUAGUCUUUCAGCCCUGCAACUUAUUAAAAUGAACAAUAAUCGCAUGGUUAACCUGCCACGUGAUGCUUUUCAAAACCUUAAUGAGCUAAAGUCUCUCAGGAUCAACAAUAACCAAUUCUCUGUCAUCCAAGAGGGAACAUUUAAGCCCCUCAUUUCUCUUUCACACAUCCAAAUUUACAACAACCCUUUCCACUGCUCUUGUUCGCUCAUGUGGCUUAAGAAAUGGGCAGAAGAGGCUCAGUUUUCAGUACCCGAGAAGGACAACAUUGCAUGUUCCUCUCCAGAGGAGCUCAAGGGCACUCCAAUUUCAAAGAUACCAGAUUUGCCAUGCGAAGCUCCUACUGUGCAGUUGAGCUAUUACCCAAACCUUGACAGCACAGAGCUUUAUGAUGGCUUCACCCUUACUUUGCAGUGUUUGGCCAGUGGAAUUCCUCAGCCAACCAUUAAAUGGAAAGUCCGUAAUGCCACUCAAGAGACAGAAAUAAAGCAACCAGUGGAUGGACAGGUCAAAGGUUCAGCCAAAUCUCAGAAGUCAAGUUCUUUUCUUGUAUAUCAGAAUGGGACUCUGGUUAUUCCUCACCUUAGCAAAAAAAUGGAAGGUACAUACAUUUGUGAAGGCAACAAUGAAAUGGGAAGUAGUCAAGCUUCAGUCAAUGUGUCUGUAGCUGGGAGCCAGAAAUAUCCCACCAAAGUUAUCGAGGAACCAACAAAGAGCAAGUCCCUACCAGAGAACAAGAAACCUGGGGUAAAGACAUCUGAUACUGGUAACAGUGUCAUAAAACCAGACAAGUCAGAGGAGAAAGGCAAGCCUCUGAUUCCUACAGAGCAACCCUUUAUGACUGGUGGUAAUAAACUGGGUGUUCCGGAACACACUGACCACCCUUCUGCUUCUGACAAGAAAUGUGGUCCAAGUACUGGUGGACAGCAUAUAUCCAACCAUGCAUUCAAUGAAAGUACCAACCUGAAGCCUCACACAUUUGAGCUUGGCGUUAUUGCUUUGGAUGUAUCAGAGAAGGAUGCAAAGGUUCAGAUCACUCCAUAUCAUAAUCGGCAAGGAAAUGACCACCUUAGGAUGCUAUACCUAUGCCAGGAAGGUGCCAAUGGCCUUUCCUUGGUACAAUGGUCGGAGAUUGAGGACAGGGUGAACUCUUACUGGUUCCAAGGGUUAAUUCCUGGUACUAAUUACUCUGUUUGUUUGACCUACAAGGGAGAGGACUGCCAGGUGCAAGUGGUUUUUACUACCAAAAAGGAAGUGCCUUCUUUGAUUAUCAUUAUUGUGGUGAGCAUUUUCCUUCUGGGUUUGGCCACCAUUCCUCUAAUGGGUGCCACUUGUUGUCACCUUCUUUCCAAAUACCAUGGUAAGAAUUAUAAGCUAAUUAUGAAGGCUCAGAAAUCAGAUCCUAUGGAAAAACAAAUGGCUGCUGAUUUUGACCCAAGAGCAUCCUUUGUAGAAUCAGAAAAGAAUUUUAACCCUAGUGAGAUGGGUGAUGUUGAGGCUGAAGGGGAUUCAGUGCCCAUAGGGGGAGAGGGAGAAGGAGAGGGAGAAGCAGAAGUUGAAGAAGGUGUUUUGGAUGAGACUAUUCCAAUUUCGCAGUCAAAAACCAACCAGGAUGAGUUUGAGGUGGGAUCAGAGUAUAGCGACAGGCUUCCUCUGGGUGCUGAAGCUGUGACCAUUUCUGAGGAGAUCAAUGGUAACUAUAAAGAGCCUGCAUGCUGAUCUGUGUGUGUUAGAGAUUCUCAUACAUCUUUCCCAAAACUGCCAUAUGUUCAGUAGUCUAUGGGAAAUAAAAAGGGGUGAGUAGAUGCCAACAAGCGUUUAUUGAGGUUACAGUCAGAAACAUUCCUUAAUUUAUAUGACUUUUAUGGUGCUGAAAAUCCAUGUACAUUUUCAUAAAUAUCCACAUAAUUUUUAUUUAUUUGCCUGUACAAAACCAGUGGCAGAGUAUUUACACCAUAAUGUGGAUUUAAGGAUCUGACUUAUUAAGAGACAACAAAUAGCUGUACACAUAUACUAUACAAUGUGUUGUGACCUAAAACCUCUACUAUUUCAAACACAAGAAUCAACAUAAGAACCAAAUUUAAGGGAUUCCAAAACUGAUUCAAAAUUCAGAUAUAUUUAGGCUAAACCUCACAAGGUCAUUGGCUUAAAUUCACAUAUACAGAAAUAAGUGUGUGUUUCUGAUCAGGAAUAUUUGCUUAAAACAGCAACUUUUCAACCUAAAGCUGGCUGAAACUGAUAUUUAUUUAUUUUACUAACCUAUAAACUUGCCCACCUGCAUCCUACCAUCUCACCUACACACAUAUAAACAGGUUGGAGUGCAAUCGUGACUCACUGCCUUCCAAGCUGUCCAGCUUAUUGCCUCCCCUCUCUAGUGUUUGACAGAUUUCCUGAGUAUAUAUGGACAAGGCAUCUCAUAUCAAAGGCAAGAUCAACCUAAUGAGGCCAGGCAUUACCUGUGUCAAUCAGUUUUACACAUCAUACAUGUUAUAAAGAGAUUUAAGAGCCUAUAGACAAUUUUGUUCAUUAUUAUUACAUAGGCAGCAGUAGCUUCUACCCUUCACAAGUAUUGUUUAGAGAAUAACCUUCCUGGUAACCCCAACCUGGAACCAUAAUCCUAUUUUUUUUCCAAUUUAAGCUCCAUAAAUUUUUAAAAAUGCUUUCCGCAUCUCAUGGAUGCUAAAUGUCAGGUAGCAUGAAUGGGCCCUUGGCCUAGAAUGUUACUGCUUCCUUUACAAUAAGUAAAACAUGGCAAAAAUAGGUCAGCUCAGUGGCAAAUAUGCCAUACAGUUCUGUCAGGAAUUCAGACUAGCUCCAAUGCACAUCACAGAUGCCAAAUAUGACCACAAAGCCAGAGAAAGCACCCAAGAGAUCUUUGUAUAACAGACACUCAGAUAUAAAGCAUGUGGCCAGUGGCAAUAAAGUUUAACAGCAUUUUGCAGCUGGUAAUUAACUGUACUUGUUUUCUUAAUGGGAUUUUAAAAAGUAUUAGUGUUACUAUAAUAUACUUUGAAAAUGUGAAAUCAUAAGUGGGUGCACCUCAAUGAAUUAAAUGUACUUAAUGAGCUCUGGUUGAUCCUUUUGUUGCAUGGCAAAUGUUUUCUUAAUUAUUUCUGGCAAGUUAUUUCCAUGCAUGUGUUAGGCCUCAUCCCCACUGCUGUUUUCUCUAGUGUUUAGAGCGCAGCCUGCGUCUAUAUAUGACCUCCCCCCAUCAAAACAUAAUUUUAUCAUGUAGAAAAUGAAGGCUGACCAAAUGGGAGUUUAAGGGGCACCUUUACAAAAGCACGAACGCUCCGAGCGUAUUUUUGCCGAUUUUUUCGGGCGUCCGCACAAUUUUUUCGUACAGCGCACAACUUUUUCGUACAGCGCACGACUUUUUCAGAUGUUUGCACGAAAAAAUCGGAAAGGUUUUACCGUUGUUUACAAUUGUUCGGUACGAAAAUUUCGUGAUUUUCGGAUCGCCAAUACGAUAUUAUCGUGACUAAUACGAUUUUUUCGUUAAGCAUUUUCGUGAUAUUUGCGAUCUUCCGAAAUUUUCGUUUCCAAUACGAUUUAUUCCCAUUCGUGAUUCGGAUUCGUGGAUUAGUAAAUAUGCCCCUAAGAGUCAAGCGACAUCUGAGUGUUUCGGGCACAACUUCUGCUGUUCAUUUACUGAUUUAAGAGUAUCGAUGGUAAAUUGCACAGGGGCAGUUGCCAGUAGCAACCUAUUAGCAAUUCAUUUUAAAUAGUCUUCUACAAGCUGCAAAAUGAAAGCAAAAAUGUGGCAGUGGCUCAUUAACUCAUUAAAAAUGUGGAUAGUUAUUGGGCCACUGCCACAUACAGAAACACCCUGGUGCGUUGAGUACAUAGCCUUACAGAACUAUUUCAUAGGUGUUCUUGUUGCCCAUAGCAGCCAGUCAGCAAUUACCAUUUACUGGCCUCCUGUUUCAAAGCAAACAUCUGCUUGGUUACUGCAGGUUACAAGUCAUGGUGCAAAUCUUGUUUGUUAUAUUUACAUCCCCCUUUUAGAGUGCUGUAAAUAAUGCUGCAAAUAAUGCCUAUAUGAACAAGAGCAAAGUGGUCUGUAUAGUACAUCAAAGGGCAAAGCUACACUAAGUGCAGACAUUCUCAGCACACACAAGUUACAUGUAUUAAUUUGUUAAAAAUACAUUCAGAAUAAAUAUUCAUAUUAAAUGUUAAGAACUUGCAGAUGAGAGAUAGCAUCCUGUCUACAAUUGUUAAGGUUUAUAUAGAUAAAUGCAAUUUAGAGAAUAUGAUAACUGAAGCACAAAUAAAAUCUGUUUAUUUCUCUUUGUGUAGAAUCUAAUACUAGCGUGGUUCUAUCUCCUCUUUCUUAUCAGGGCUGAUGUCAGGAAAGCAAGUGGUCCUGAAAGGGGAAAUAAAUGAUAUGAAAACCUAAAACUCUCCAGCUAUUACACCACACCUUUUAGCAGCCAAGCAGUUCUUACACAGUAUUGUUCAUGUAGGAUUUACCAUAUAAGACAUAAAAUAUCUAAUAAAGUGUAUAUAAAAACAGGGCUGUCAUCCCCACACGUCCUAAUGUAAAAGAAUGACCGUUUAGAUCAAGAAAUGAGCCCAUUUCAUCCAUUAAUAUUUGUGAUUGAAACCAGGAGGCAGACCCUAUAAUCUAUUUAUGUGGGUACUACCCAGGAUCAGGAGUUAAUCCUCUUUCAGAGGGAGAGAGUGUACUGCUAUUGCUGACAAUUAGAAAAUAUGUAAUGAUCUAAAUCCCAUGGGUGUGGUUCUCUUAUUGCAUUAAAACAAGAGAAUUAUGGGAAAAUCCUGUGGUACUGCUUUCUGCCUGCUUCUAGAGAAGCCCUCUACACUAGCUCUGGGGAAUACAAAGUGUCUUAACCCCCUACCACCUUUACUAAUAAACUCUCAGACAUUAGUCAUAGGGUGCCUUUUAAUAUUUUGAAGGGCCAAAGGAGUUGAAAGCUGGAUUCAGAGUAACCUUAAAAGCUGAUGGUUGUAUCCCAGAGCAGGUACACAAGCCUCCUAGUGCUGCUCAAGUACAAUCAGUAAUAACAAUAAUAACAGUUUAAAACUCAGUACAGAAUAUUGUAGAACUUGUUUUGAGUGAGGUCAGCCUGUUACUACUAAAUAGCCUGUUGCCUUAGGUCAGGGCCUGUGUUGCCUGCUUUUAUUGCAGCAUUGAAAAUAACAUCUGGAAAUAACAUCUGAGAAACUGCUAGGCUAACUUGAGGAUUUGAGCUAGAAUUCCCCAGAACUGAAGGCAGUUAAAUGUUGGAAGCUUCAUUUUAACAAAACUGGAGGGCCUUAGUUUGGACACCUAUACUUGAUAUACAUCAUUGGCCCUACAAAGCCUAUUUUAGCCCCGCCAUGCCAACUACUACAUAUAGCUCUACUGGCUUAACAAGUUGUAGUUUGAUAACUGGCACAAUUGCUAAAUAGAUAUCCAUGUGUUAAUGGGAAAUAACUGCUUUGGGAAUGAAAUGCAUUGUGUACCUAAGUGGAAGCCACACUAACAUAAUCCCUGGUUUGUAGCAUUGGCCAUUUCCUGCUCAGUAACAGUUUAAAGGGAUCCAUGUGGUGUUAAACAGAGAGUGUACCUCACAGUGCAGUGUCCUGACAGUCUGUGAUGCUUAAAUAAAGGCCCACUCCAGCACACUAUGGACCCCAGAGAGUAUUUGCUCCUGUUACACCAAUGAUAGCUACACCGCAGAUUAUGAGAAUAAACAUAAAUAUCUUUCCCCCCUUAUAUAUAUAGGUACGAGCAUACAAAAUGCACAAAUAAAUACACCCAUAGACACAUCAACUAACCUAUUGCUGAUUAAAUGAUGUAAAUAAAGAAACAUUUGCAGCACCCACAUUUAAAUAUUGUAAAUAUAAACAAUGCACUUAUUUCUUUAUGCCUGUAGUUUGUGUCAUUUUCCUUCUCAAACAGGAAAGCAUUUGAUGUAAGUUUGUAUCAGUUUUUAUCUUUGUAUAGAUAAACUUGGUGUUUUUGUGGGUUUGUUUGUAGGGUGUUUUCAGGACAUUUUCUAGUGAUGUUUAUAAUAAAUACAUGUCUUAUAAAGAAAAGGAUAUGUAUGUUGAGUUUAACUAAGCUUUGACACCAAAAAUCUGCAGAAUCCUUUACUUUGUUGCCACAAAUCCCAAUUUUCUUAACCUGUGUGUUAUUUGCUAAUAAGAUAGCUUCACUCAGGGGGAAACAUUGUUGGAAUGUGAAGUUCAUCCACUAAACCUAUUUUGCUGUAUAGCCCCACCACUUCAUUCAUUCUUUAACUGCAUACGUAGAUCUAAAUAAUCUAAGGGUUACAGUUUAGGCUACAGGCUUCACCAACCCUUGGGCACUGAAACACAAUAGCCAUGCUCAUAAGGGCUAAUUUACAAAGGGAACAAGGCGAAAAGUGAAAAACACUGGUGCAAAGCACAAUUUUCUUAUGCCAACAAUUCACCUUGUUUCCACGCAGGUGGCAGUGGUGCCCACCAGUAACUGUGGUGUUUUUCAGAUGGUCUAGUAAUUUUGGUCUAUAAAAGCACCAUACUGGGGCUCUUAGGUGUCUCCCAUAUAAGUGAACGAAAGGCAUCAAGGGGCAUUUUGAGCACUUUUCCAAUGGGCAUCCUAUGCGUCACCUACUAUAACUACCAACACCAGCCAACAUGCGGGGGACGUGGUGCCUAAAUCUAGACUAGAUUUUACUGAAGGGCAAAAGAUAUUUUAUUAUUUAUCUCAAAAAGAUCCAUUAAGUCCAUUAAAGACCCAGACCCAGGAAAUGAGUGAAGAAGGGAUUGGAGGAUGAUGGGCAGGCAUACAAAUAUGCAUUUCCCGCUCCUCUGACCUGAUUGGCUUAGACUUAUAUAUAAACUAUAUAUUGUCCAUAGCUGUAACACUGCCCAUAACUGUUACCUAGGUGCUUAGUUAACUGCCAACAUACAAUAUUUCCCUAUUAAAAGUGUUGCCAAUCAAACGUUUGUUUCUGUGAAAUGUUUGUUAAGAAAAUGGAGAUUCUUGGAGAUCAUGUAUUGCUAAAAUUUAAUAAAAGUGAAGCAAAACAAUA